AUGAAACUACAUUAAUCUUAAACAAACCAACCUAAUAAUGAUAUGAUUUUUGGUCAUAGAAUAGGUACAUAAAAGAUAGUUGCAGAGAAACAAUAAAAAGUAUAAAAUUUAAUAACAAUCUUAGGUCAUUAAGCAUAUUAGAUAAUUACCAAGAAGCAAAGAAGAUAAUUAUUUUCAUGAAGCCAUUAAAGCCAAUGAAUAAUAUGAUCUUUUUCUUGAAAAGUUUUAUCAUAAUUCAUUAAUUAUUUUAAGAUGA